AUGGCUCCAAACCCAUCAGCCGCCUCAGGACGCCCGCCAUUGAGAAUCCUCAUGCUCCACGGCUACACGCAAUCAGGCCCUCUCUUCCACGCCAAAAGUCGUGCUCUCGUCAAGCACAUCCAAAAGAACUUCCCCUCUCACGAAGUGGUGGCAUCAUACCCCACAGGACCGUUGAAAUUACGACCCAGCGAUGUGCCCGGCUACGAACCCUCCGAAGGAAAUGGUACCAAUAACGAGGACGAAAUCGAAGCAUACGGGUGGUUCCGCCGAUCUAAUACCUCCGAUCCUCCCCUCUACCAGGGUCUCGAAGACGGUCUGGCCGCCAUUGCCAAAGUUCUCUCCGAAGAAGGACCCUUUGACGGUGUGAUUGGGUUCUCGCAGGGUGCUGCCAUGGUAGGCAUGGUCGCCGGACUGUUGGAGACAGGCCGACAGGAGGCCUUUGCACAUUUCGAACAACACGAUUCCGGAGGAGCGUCGGGGAUCCCGUACCCAGCAUCCUUUGCUGCGCCCGACUUCCAGCACCCCCGUUCAAGUUUGCAAUCGCAUACAACCCCCGUGCUGCAUGUGCUGGGGUCGUUGGACGCAGUGGUGGAGGAGUCGAAGAGUCGAGCAUUGAUCGAGGCGUGUGCGGGCAAGCCCGAGGCAGAUGGGUUGGUGGUAUGGCACCCCGGCGGUCAUUUCUUGCCCAGUCAACGGCCGUACCUUGAUGCUGUUGCGCGCUUUAUACGGGAGCAGUUAGAGAAGAACGACGGCAAGAAGAAGACGGAAGAGGAGGAGGAGGAGGAUGUCAACGAUAUGGAUGUUCCUUUCUAG